AAAAUUGAAAGGACUCAAAAAAGUUUAACUUCCUUUUCUCAAAACGAAUCACUACGAAGAAACAACAAAAUCUUCCACCAAACAGAUGUAAAUUCCACGAAACUGAUUUCGCGAAAUAGACACUCUGUAAAGUGGAAAGCGAGGGCCAUUUUGGCGCCAUAUCGGACCGCACAGAAGUAGAAAGUUGUAUUAAAUUUUUAGUAAAGAUUUAUCAUUGAAAAGUUGACUAAACCAGACGAAUUUUAAAGCGUUACAAAUCAAACACAUGGUAUGAGUUUCCACACAGUGCCAUCAACAGAAACACGACGGAAGUACAACUGUUCGAAACACCAACUGCAAGUAAACGGAACAAAACCACCGACAUCCACCGACAUCGUUCAGAAAGUCCUUCUUAUAGAAUGGAAUUUAAUUGGUGAGAAAUUUAUUAACAACACAUCACUUCAUGCCCAACAAGAAAAUUUAAGGAUUCACAUCUUUUUUAAUAAGUCCGAUAAAACUGGGUUAAACAUUCAAGAACUUCGUGAAUCUUUUGGAAGCUGCGUCACCCUACACGAAAGCCUAACAGACUCACCGGCAGCAGCAUGGACAGACUUACUAGCUUAUUUAAUCAAUUUUUACACGAAAACACUGAUUUCAUGCCAUCACUGUUCCGUGGUCCAUCCACCUCCGAAAUAUCAAGUCACAUUAGUGGCUAGUAACGAAAACCGUUACGAUGAGUUAAAAGCGUUGUUAAAAUCGAACAAAGCCGAAACAAACAUUAUAGACGGUUGGAAGACGAACAUCCUUGAUGUAUUCCAUCAUGUAUGUCACGAAUGUAAAAUUAUCUUUUCAACGAAAUGCCAGGCUGAAAAGCACGACAAACAGAAACACAAUUUUUUGUGCGGAAACAAGUCAUGCGAGCGUAGCAAACGUGAAAACGGAUUUUUCAAUUAUAUAGAAUUGUCCGAACACGAGACGAAACAAAGAAAAUGUGAAUUCUGCACGAACGUGGUGUAUUGCGACAUCACGAAGUUCAUCGAACAUAUGGAUGAUCACCACAUCCCUUGUGGUUGCAGCUGCGGAAAAUACUACCGCGAUACUGAAGAAUUCAUCCAGCAUUAUUGCGGCAGGUUUCCUUUACCAUGUCUGGAAAACCCGGAUUGUGAAACAAGAUUUCGGAAUAUCGAUGAGCAAGCGUUUCAUCAUAAAAACAUACAUGGCUCAGCUAACCCGUUUUUUUGUCUCGCAUGUUAUGGUGAUGCAAAGUUAGUUUGUUUGCGCACUGCGGAGGAACUGAUGUCGCACGUGAGUGAAAUGAAUCACAAGGAGAGCGAUUUUAAUGUGGUGAUAAUACCAGACGAACCAGAGGAAAAACAUACUGAUCUCUGAGCGUACUGAAAAGAAAACUGAUUAAUUAACACUUAGUCUCCAAGACUUUUUUAAAAACUCAAAAUCUAUAUGAACUUUUGCGACUACCAUAUUCGCCACUGGGCGCGAUACCUGGCAACAGGCUUCAACGUUGACUGGGGUAGCCAUUGGCGAAAAAAAAUAACUUUCUUUUACAGGGCCUCUAGUUGAAUAUUGUAAGAUUGAGUGGUUACGAGUUAUGGCUAAUAGACGGCAUGUGGGUGGCCUUGGUUUUACGCAAAUGUGCGUAGAUUGGGUUUAAUCACUGAAGCAGAAAAAAUGCUAACGCUAAGGGCAGACAGUUGCGUAUCCUGAUUAAACAAUGGAAGUGAAGUAGGAAAUACUGUAAAGACUUUUGAGAUAAAAGUUAACCUUUCAUCAACCUUAAACCUUUGAAGACGUGUUUUGAUAAAACAUGAUGUGCACAUUACCAAGUAGAAAAAAACUUUUGAAAUAUACUCAUCAUAAAAAUACUCUAUUGUCUACUGUUACUACCCUUCUUGGGGAAAAGACAGCUUAUUAGAAUAUACGGAUACCGGUAUACUAGGAUUUG